GCCGCGGCGUCGGAGGAGCAGGCGCGGCGCCUGUGCGACGACUACGACGCGGCGGCGCGCGAGUUCUACUUCGACCGGCACCCGGGCUUCUUCCUGGGCCUGCUGCAUUUCUACCGCACCGGCCGCCUGCACGUCCUCGACGAGCUGUGCGUCUUCGCCUUCUGCCAGGAGGCCGACUACUGGGGCCUGGGCGAGAGCGCGCUGGCCGCGUGCUGCCGCGCGCGCUACCUGGAGCGGCGCGUGGCGCGGCCGCGUGCCUGGGACGAGGACAGCGACACGCCGAGCAGCGUGGACCCGUGCCCCGACGAGAUCUCAGACGUGCAGCGCGAGCUGGCGCGCUAUGGGGCUGCGCGCUGCGGCCGCCUGCGCCGCCGCCUCUGGCUCACCAUGGAGAACCCCGGCUACUCGCUGCCCAGCAAGCUUUUCAGCUGCGUCUCCAUCGGCGUGGUGCUCGCCUCUAUCGCUGCCAUGUGCAUCCACAGCCUGCCGGAGUACCAGGCCCGCGAAGCGGCGGCCGCUGUAGCUGCGGUGGCCGCGGGCCGCAGGGCCGACGAUGCGCGCGACGACCCGGUGCUGCGACGCCUCGAGUACUUCUGCAUCGCCUGGUUUAGCUUCGAGGUGUCGUCGCGCCUCCUGCUGGCACCCAGCACGCGCAACUUCUUCUGCCACCCGCUCAACCUCAUCGACAUUGUGUCCGUGUUACCCUUCUAUCUCACGCUGUUGGCGGGCGCGGCGUUGGGUGACCGGGACGGCGGGAGCGGCGAGGAGCUCGGCGACCUGGGCAAGGUGGUGCAGGUGUUCCGCCUCAUGCGAAUCUUCCGUGUGCUCAAGUUGGCGCGCCACUCUACGGGACUGCGCUCUCUGGGUGCCACGCUCAAGCACAGCUACCGCGAGGUGGGCAUCUUACUGCUGUACCUGGCCGUGGGUGUGUCGGUGUUCUCCGGUGUGGCUUACACAGCUGAAGAGCAGAACAUAGGUUUUCACACCAUCCCAGCCUGCUGGUGGUGGGGCACUGUGAGCAUGACCACUGUGGGCUACGGGGAUGUGGUGCCAGAGACAGUGGCGGGCAAGCUGGCGGCCUCCGGCUGCAUCCUGGGGGGCAUUCUGGUGGUGGCACUCCCCAUCACCAUCAUCUUCAACAAGUUCUCCCAUUUCUACCGGCGCCAGAAGGCUCUGGAAGCGGCCGUGCGCAACAGCGGCCACCGAGAGUUUGAGGACUUGCUGAGCAGCGUUGACGGAGUGUCAGAGGCAUCUCUGGAGACAUCCCGAGACACCUCUCAGGAGGGACGGUCUGUAGACCUGGAGACUCAGGCCCAGGGGGACCCUCCAGAUGCUCAGAGUUAUUAAAACUAGGUCUCUGCAUCCCCUUUCUUCCCAAGUCAGCUGAAACAGAGCAGAUUCCUCCCCCGCUUAAGCUCUCGUGGGAGUGGGCCUCUUGGGACCACUCGCACUGGCCCAAGAAAUGAGACCCAGGGGCCGCACACCUUCCUCCAAUGGCCCAGAGCAGCGAGUGCUGCCCUGUGUUCUAUGAGUCCACAGAGCAACUCAGACACUUUUGUUUUAUUUUUUUAUUUUUGGCUUUUUUCCGGUACCAGGAAUGGAACUCACGACCUUGCGCUUGCCAGGCAGGCGCUGUGCCGCUGAGCUAAAUCCCCAGCCCCCUCAGACAUUUUUAUUAACCAGCCUCCUAGCUACCCAGGAAGCAGACAUGAGCCAGAGGGAGAAAGAAGAAGGAUGCUGACGAUUCUGGGCACCUUCUAUAUAUUGGCCAUAUUUGGCCAUGUGUUGGAAGAGGAGAAUCAUCUGCCAUUUCAAGCCAGGCGUAAUGGCACACACCUGUAAUCCAACUGUUGGAGAGCUGAAAUAGGGCUGCAAGUUCAAAGCAAGCCUGGGAAACUUAAUGAGACCCUGUCUUAAAUCAAAUUUGUAAAAAGGACUGGGGGUGCAUUCAGUGGCAGAGUGCUUGUUUAGUAUAUAUACCCCCAAUCCUAAGAGAAAAAAAAAAAGAAUUAUACCCAAUUCACAGAUGUGGAAACUGAAGCUCUGAAACAAUGAGUCUCCCAAAUGUCUCAGGACAAGAAGUGGUAGAGUCAGGUCUGGAAUCCAUGGCUGUGGUUUGCCAAGAUAUGUUCCAUCCACUCUUUCUCUCUCCUACCUUCAUACAGUUUGCAUGUGGUUGUAGAAGUUCAUGGAUCCACCAACCUCAUCCAUGGAAUGAGAACCUCUGACAGAGUGAGGGAGAGGAGCAGAAAGGAUUCGAACAUAGGCGCUCUGGACCUCAGCUCUAGUUCUGUUCUAGGAACUUUUGGAAGGAGUCAAAGAUGAGUCCUGGGAGGAUGGAAAAGGGAGCUGCCUCCUUAGUUCAUGUGCAAACUUUCUUGAGCAAUAAUCUGCACCUUCACCCUAAGGCUGAGUUGAGAUACUGAAAAUCUCAAAGAGCCUUGGCCUAAGGUCCAUACUCACCUCUUGGUCUGCCUGUGUGAAGCAGCCACCUCCAGACCUCAGCCCACCUGCCAAAUAGUCAUAAUCUCUGCUCCAGAGGGAGGUGAAAAAGCCACAUGGGGCAGAGGAGGCACUGACUUAAAGGCCGCUCAGCUCUGAAAUGCUAGUGGCAGGGGCUGUAAUGCAUGUGCCCGCUUCUGGAAAUUCCCUUCUACCCACUGCACAGACACCAGCCCUGUCUUGAGUAACCGUCCAGGCAAACGCUGGAGACUCCUAUCCCUUUUGGCUAGCUCUGGCCCUGUCAUCCUUGCUGCCAGUAAAUCUUUAGUACUCCCUACCGAAGUCCAUGUGCUGCAAAAGUCAGGAAGGGUCCCCAUUGGACCUUUCCACAAACCACGGCUAGAGCAUCCGUGACCAGUAUCAUUGUAAACAGAUGUGGCUUUGCUUGUCCCAUCACACUGAGCCUCGAAAUGGAAGACAUUAUCGGGCUGACCCUCAUGCUUGGAGCAAAGUAGGUAUUUAGUACAUUUUGAGUAGAUUGACCAAUUGCUAUAGUCUAUUGUGUGCCAAGCGCUGGAGUGGAAGAAUAAAUUCCCAGAGAGAAAUGGAACAAGUCCUCUGCCUCCCCUGGCCCUGCUUGGUUUUUGAGCUUUUACAGUGGUUCCCUUGUCGGUUCUUCACUCACUCACUCAGGAAAUAUCUGUUGGAAAGGUCGUAAGGUGGGGCUUCACGUGUGGUCUGCAAACAUGUUUUGCUCAGCUGAACAGUAAUUUUAGUAUACUUUUAAACUGGGCCUGCCUUUGAGUGAGGCACGCAGUCUCCAGUUCCCCAUACCACCCCUCCCCAAUCCCAUCCACACAUAUACACACAUGCUGCUGCUACCAUGUUUACAACCAGUGUCACAGAUUUAUUUUAUCACUCAGCCUCUGAUUUCUUGACAGCUUACUAGCUUUAAAAAAUACCAUGGACAAAAUAUAUAUCCCUAUAGUCGUUUAAGCUAUGCAGACUAGUAGGAAAGAUAGACUUUAAUGCAGGAAUCACAGGUACAUACGAUAGUGAGCUCUACUAAGUGCAAGGAGCUAACUAUCAGCAUGUAUAAUGUACCAGGGACCAUUCCCUGAGAGGCUCAGAGACCACUUUUCUGAGCAAGUGACAUCAUAAAGACAAAUACCUAAGUGGGCAAAAAGGGGUUCCAGGGAGGACUGUUCCCAGCAUCAGCAGAAGUACAUGUGAAAAUCUUGUGUUUCACAGGGCCUAGUAUGGUGAUAGCCAACCUUUUAGAGCUUUCAGUGAUAACACACAGCCUACUGCAGCAUGCGUGCCAUAGGUUCGCCACUACUUCUACCAUAUAGUGGUUCCCCCAACGUGCUUGUAGAUUGCAAGACUCCAGAUUGGAGCAGCAGCAGGAACUAAGCCAAAGGGACUCUCAGGGACUUAACACACUCACCUCUUAAUGUCUGGGCCCCGCUGUGCCCAGCUUUGGGGCAGACAUUCCAGGUGUGCGUGCCUCACUCCCAUGGUGUUACCUAACACAUGAAGAAGCCAGAUGGUUUGGGACCCCAGAGUUGGUGCGGCAAUAGGGGGAAAUGCUCUCGUCUGAGUCCACCGCCACAAGGUUGUGCAUGGCCCUGAAAGAAAUGCAACAAGUCACCCCCAUUCCAGUGUAUCAGUGAAACCAUUAUGCAAAUUAUGCAAAUAAAAAGCUGUGCCUCAA